AUGGCAUAUGUAUUCAAACGCGGUGAGCGCAAGGAGCGCGUUCAAUUUGACAAGAUCACCGCUCGGAUCGCGAAGCUCUGCUAUGGACUUGACACGGAGCACGUCGACGCGGUCGAGGUUGCUCAGAAGGUCAUUGCAGGCGUCUAUCCCGGCGUAACCACCGUUGAGCUCGAUAAUCUCGCUUCCGAAACCGCGGCAUACCUGACUACGAAGCAUCCCGACUAUGCUACUCUGGCUGCCCGGAUCGCAGUCUCGAAUUUGCAUAAAGAGACCAAGAAGAGCUUUUCAUCUGUGAUCAGAGAUCUGUAUACCUAUGUGAACCCGAAAAAUGGUCGACCUGCGGGCAUGAUCUCGAAGGAAACAUAUGAUGUCGUUAUGGCCAAUGCGGAUACCCUGGAUUCUGCGAUUAUUUAUGACCGCGAUUUCAACUACAAUUUCUUUGGAUUCAAGACCCUUGAGCGAUCUUACCUCCUGCGUAUUAAUGGUCGUGUUGCUGAGCGUCCUCAGCACAUGAUCAUGCGUGUGGCCGUCGGCAUACACGGUAACGACAUCGACCGCGCACUCGAGACCUACAACCUCAUGUCUGAGCGGUGCUUCACUCACGCCUCACCAACAUUGUUCAAUGCCGGAACUCCUCACCCUCAGCUCUCAUCGUGCUUCCUCGUUGCGAUGAAAGACGACUCGAUAGAGGGUAUCUACGAUACCUUGAAGAACUGUGCUAUGAUCAGUAAGACCGCUGGGGGCAUUGGCCUGCACAUUCACAACAUUCGCGCGACUGGCUCGUACAUCGCUGGCACUAAUGGGUACUCCAAUGGUAUCGUUCCCAUGCUGCGCGCAUAUGAUGCUACUGCUCGCUAUGUCGACCAAGGUGGAAACAAACGUCCUGGCGCUUUCGCUAUUUACCUCGAGCCGUGGCAUGCCGAUGUUUUCGAAUUUAUCGACCUGCGGAAGAACCACGGCAAGGAGGAAGUGCGUGCCCGCGACCUCUUCUACGCGCUCUGGGUCCCUGACCUCUUUAUGAAACGUGUCGAGGCGAACGGGGAAUGGUCUCUUUUCUGUCCGAACGAGGCUCCGGGCCUUCAUGAAGUAUGGGGCGAGGAGUUCGAUAAGCUCUAUGAGAAAUAUGAAAAGGAAGGUCGUGCCAGAAAGACCAUUCCCGCUCAGAAACUCUGGUACGCUAUCAUGGAGGCGCAAAUCGAAACCGGUGGACCCUUCAUGCUCUACAAGGACGCGGCCAAUUCCAAAUCCAACCAGCAAAAUCUCGGAACAAUCAAGUCUUCGAACCUCUGCACUGAGAUCAUGGAAUACUCUUCCCCUGACGAGACCGCUGUCUGCAACCUCGCAUCAAUUGCCCUUCCCACAUUCGUCAAGAACGGAGUGUACGACUUCAAGCGUCUUCACGCCGUCGCCAAAGUCGUCACUUUCAACCUCAAUCGCAUCAUUGAUGUCAACUAUUAUCCCGUUCCCGAGGCUCGCCGGUCGAACAUACGUCACCGCCCGAUCGGUGUCGGCGUACAGGGCUUAGCCGACACUUUCAUGAUCCUGCGCAUGCCGUUUGACUCUCCCGAGGCUAAGGAGCUCAAUAUCCAGAUCUUCGAGACCAUCUAUCAUGCAGCUCUGGAAGCUUCGUGCGAGAUUGCCGCUGUUGAUGGGCCUUACGAAACUUUCCAGGGUUCGCCUGCGUCGCAGGGCCAACUGCAAUUUGAUCUCUGGGGUGUUACUCCAAGCGGUCUUUGGGACUGGCAGAGCCUGAAGGACAAGAUCAUGCAGACUGGUCUCAGGAACUCUUUGCUCCUCGCCCCUAUGCCGACGGCGUCCACCAGCCAGAUCCUCGGUUUCAAUGAAUGCUUCGAACCUUACACAAGCAAUAUCUACACUCGUCGUGUGCUGGCUGGGGAAUUCCAGGUCGUUUGCCCGUGGCUUCUCCGCGAGCUCGUCGAUCUCAAGCUGUGGAACGACCAGAUGAAGAACAUGAUCAUCGCCAACAACGGCUCGAUUCAAAGUAUUGCUGGCAUCCCUGAUGACAUCAAGGCCAUCUACAAGACCGUUUGGGAGAUCUCCCAAAAGAAGGUGCUCGACAUGGCGGCAGACCGCGGAGCAUUCAUCUGUCAGAGUCAGAGCUUGAACGUACACCUGCAGUCACCCACUAUGGGCCAGCUGACGAGCAUGCACUUCUACGGCUGGAAGAAGGGUCUGAAGACUGGGAUGUACUACCUGCGUACGCGUCCCGCGGCGCAGGCCAUCCAGUUUACGGUUGACCAGACGGUGCUCAAGCAAGCCGCGGAAGCGAAAGCGAAGAAGACCCCAGAGUCCGCGGCCGCGUCUGCCAAGACGCCCGCUCCUGCGACACCUGCCAAGAUCGCCGUGGCUGCUCCCAACGGUAUCAUCACUCCUCAACUCUCCCCAGCCAAGGAGUCGCCUCCGCGAACCGCUGCCCCUGCCCCUGCCCCUGCCCCUGCCCCGCCUGCGCUUGCUACUACAGCGGCACCGACGACAACGGAGUCCUCCGAACCUAUCUCAACCGACGAACGCACGCGCAAAGCAGCGGAGCAGGAUCCCGAGUUCGCCGCGGCGCUACAGAGGCAGCGCGAGCGUGAGCUGGAGCAGGCGAAGCUCAUGUGCUCUCUAGAAAACAAGGAAGCCUGCGUGAUGUGCUCCGGUUAA